CGCCUCCACGUCAAUCUGAUCAGGCACCACCUUAGGACCAAAAUGUCCUCGCCAGAAUUGGACCAUGUAAAGGGUGUAUGGCAGCGUAUGCAAGGGAACAGUCCAAUCUACGACUUCCUGCUCUCGGAUGCUGAAAUUAUAUCCGCCACCAAAGGAUCCGUUUCCUCGCGCCUGACGCUGAGCAAGAAUCAUGUUAACUCCAGAGGAACACUCCACGGCACUGUGAGUGCGGCGUUAGUGGAUUGGAGCGGUGGACUGGCGAUUUGUACCCACGGCAUCGAAAAAUCGGGAGCUAGUAUCGACAUCCACGUUACGUAUAUUGGUACCGCACAAGUCGGCGAGACCAUUGAGAUUGAGGCUCUUGCGAAUAAGGUGGGGAGGUCCGUUGCGUUCACGACGAUCAGAAUCUGCAAGCUGGUAAAUGGAAAGCCUGGCCCUUUGCUGGCUACGGCCUCGCAUACGAAAUACAUCUCGCAGCCAAAGUAAGGUUAAGGGAAGAGAGCAAAGGCAUAGCACGGCCUCAGGAUAUGGGCGAUGGGAGGUUGGAGGGGAAGAAUCAAGCACACCAUCGUCUUUGCGUCUGGCGUGAGCCUCACUCUCGGUAUGGACUCACUCAGAUGGCGGAGAAUUAAGGACCUCUGCUUCAGCUUUAGAUACCUGCCAAGUUUGUAUAACAUUGGUAGCGCUGGUAAUAGCGAGGGCCUACAAGUAGACCGGAGACUUAGGCAUAGACAUAGACAUAGACAUUAGAUGAGUACAUGCGCCAGAAUCCGUGUAACUUCCGCAAAGCUUUCUUCCAGCUUGCUUGAAGAUUCGUGCAGAGAGUUGAUCUGGGAUUUCAAAUAGGGCGGGACAGCGGUCGGUGAUCUCGCGUGAUUG